GCUUGAUUUAGCAAUUCGUUCAUUUAUAGUCUAUCGCUAAACAUUUCGUUUCUAUAUAUCGAUCAACGAAAUCGAUAAAAUAAAAUGCCUUCUUUUGCCGAAGCCCCCUCAUCCGCAUCCGUUCAGACCGCUUUUCAACUUCAACACCUAGUUGAAGCUGGUCAUAAAAACGCAAAUUGUAUUGAUUCAAGCACAUUAAAGCUUAUUAAAUCUAUCACCAGUGCCCAGCAUGGAAAAGAUGCCACUUCUCUCCGAACACCUGAGUGGGCAAAUAGCAAAGAAGGCUUUCAAAAAAAGCUUUCCUCGUUCUUAGAUGGACUUGCGAACAACAUGGACGUCAAAGAUCUUAGGAUUUCGGAUGUUUCGGAUGAUAGUGAGGAAGAUCCUGAUUGGCGAGAAGGCAGCGAGGAGAGCGAAGAGGAAGAGGAAUACGAUUCUGAAUAUGACAGCGACGAAUACACGGAGUCAGAGGACGAUCGCAAUACUUUAGAUCGGAUUAGUGAGGACGAAUAUGAGGAUGAAGGGGCUGAGCCGAAGAAGUGUUUGGAUGCCAAGCUUGGUGAAGGCAUUAUUCUUCAUGAAAUCAUCGGUCGAAAAGUGGCUCGCUACGGAAACAAGGUUCUCAAAUCAGGACGUAAUCUUCAACUCUCCGAAGCAGACGCUAUGCGCUACAUUGCAACUCAUACCAGCAUUCCCGUUCCUCACGUCAUAGAAGCCACUACCGAUGGAAAACUCACCAGUAUAACUAUGGAAUACAUCGAAGGCGACCGUCUGGACAAAGUCUGGAACACCCUCCCAGAAGAACAAAAGAAAGGCAUAGCAAGUCAGAUCAAUGAUAUGCUAUUUCAACUCCGCGGCUUGACAGGUCGAUAUAUCGGCGGUAUGAAUCGUACCCCAGCUAUCGACUCCCGACGCUAUGAUCUUGAAGGAGGCCCCUUUCAGUCUGAAGCUGCAUUCAAUGAGUUCCUCAUCUCAGAUGCUUAUCCACAAGUCCCUAAAUGUUUUUUGAAAAUGGCAGAACAUUCACUUCUUACUAAUCAUGCCAUUAUCUUUGCACAUGGAGAGUUGGCGCCAAGGAAUAUUCUUGUGAAGGAGGGACGGGUCGUGGCGGUAUUGGAUUGGGAAAAUGCCGGCUGGUAUCCUGAGUAUUGGGAUUUCGUAAAGAGCUUCAAUGCUAUGGAUAGCAGAUGUGGAGAGUGGUAUGAUUGGGUUGAGAGAGUAUUCCCUGUGGGAUAUGAGCAGGAGUUCAUGAACGAUCGGUUUGUGGGAACGCUGGUUAGACAUGGUCAUUCUUAGCUGGAUGGAAAAGUGCCAAAGCUUUGUUUUCUAUGGUAUGCUCCGCCUAUUGAUAUUGAAAUUGGUCUUGAUGCGUAAAAUGUUGUUGUAUUAAGAUAGAAGAUGAAAGAGGACGGCGUUCUGGUGCAGUGGCGUUUGUAAUAUCUAAUCAAAGUAUCCAUUUCGCAGUCUGAUCGAUAACUUUUACAAUCCGAUUAUUAUGCUUCGACGUCAUUUGAGCUCAAACUAUCUUUGCAUUACUUUCCGUAGUGUAUCUAUUGGAGUUCCAUUUCAAAAUCAGAAAUUUUUA